UGAACUCAUGUGCCCUUAGGACAAGGCACAUGUCUCUGAACCUCCUGAACCCUCUUGCUGUCUCAUCCAUGCAAAGUACAGUUCAGUUCAGUUCAGUUCAGUAAUCUGCUACACAUCUGAAACUGAUUAGUGAUUUCUUGUCUCCUGAUCAUCUGUAGUCUGUAGAACAAUCCUGUUUUCUAUUCUAUUUUGUUUGUUGCAUUUGGCAUCAUCAUCUGGAAGAGAGAGUUAUCUCCAGCUUAAUUAAUUUGAUCGGUCUAGCCAUGAAGAAGAUGAGGAAGGUGGCCGAGUUCUUGAGGAAGGCGGUGGUGGCGCUGAGGGGGAAGGCCAGCGUGCUCAGGGCGAGGCUCCUCUUCCUCGCCUCGCUCCGCCGCAGGACGGCGGUGGUCGGAGCCAUCUCGCACCACCUUCGCGCGCUCAUGCCGGGCAACGCUCCGGCGCCGGCGCCGGACGGCGGCCGCCUCCCAGCGGCGGAGGACGACGACGAGCAGAUGGCGCUCGACGACGUCGCUGGCCUCUCCGAGCUGGCCACCUUGUUCCAAGAAGUCGACGACGACGACGACGGCGCGCGCUACCCCGACUGGACACACUCGAUGUUCGACGACGACGACGACGGCGAGGGCGGCGGCGAGGAGGCCGUGUCGGUGAUGGAGGUGAUCAGGAGGCGGCGGGAGGGGGACGGGGAGGAGUUCGACAUGGAGGAGGAGAUCGACCACGCCGCCGACAUGUUCAUACGGCGAGUCCGCCACCGCAUGGCCGCCAACCGCCGGAGCUUUUAGUUAACCCGUCGGUGAUGGUGGAUUAGUCCAUUAAUUAUUAAUUACCCUGAAGAUUUAUCAUGUCUGGAAUUAAUUUCAGCGUGUGAUAUUUUAGCUUUGAUUUGUUUUUUUUUUUGCUUCAGAUUGAAUUAAUUUGGCUGAGGCAAAUUGAUCAGUGGUGGGUCAUCUACCACUGGCUCUAAUCCCUGUUCUGAUCUUUUGUUCUUACAAGAAUAAUGCUUUCUAAUAGCGGAUUGCAAUCA